GAAAAACUGAGAGUGGUACGUGUUCGUGCCCAUGAUUCCUCUGAAGCGCAGGAAAACGGUGCCCUCUCCACCUGGCAAGGGUAAUGCCGGGAAUGUCAAGUUUCCAGAUAUUGUUAUUUUCCUCUUUGAAAAAAGGAUGGGUGCCAGUCGUAGAGCGUUUCUCUCACGGCUCAGCAGGAGCAAAGGAUUUCUCGUAGAGGACUCUCUAUGCCAGGCUGUGACACACAUUGUGUCAGAAAAACACUCUGGGGAGGAGGUGCAGGCAUGGCUGGAGAGCCAGGUAACUGAGAGAGGAUGCGGAGACACUAUCCAUCUCCUGGACAUCACGUGGUUCACGGAGAGCAUGAGAGAGGGCUGUCCCGUCCGCAUCGAGGACAGACAUCGCUUGCGGGUACAUGAGCACAGUACGCACAGUGCAGGGAACACGAUGGACAGCUACGCUUGUCAGAGGAGGACUCCACUACAACAUCAUAACAUGGUCCUAACUGACGCGCUACAGUUGCUGUCCGAAAAUGCUGAGUUCUGUGAGAACGAAGGGCGCAGCGUCGCGUUCAAGAGGGCGAGCGCCGUUCUGAAAGCCCUGCCGCGGCCCGUGCGCUCCCUCGAGGACCUGCGCGGCCUGCCCUGCCUGGGGGAGCACUCGCGGAGGGUCAUCAAGGAGAUCCUGGAGGAUGGGGUGUCGAGUGAGGUGGAGGCCACACGACAGUCUGAGAAGUAUCAGGCAAUGAAGGCCCUCACCGGUAUCUUCGGCGUGGGCGUGAAGACGGCCGAGCUCUGGUUCCGGGAGGGAGUCCGGAGGCCCACUGACCUUGAGGCUUUGGAAAGAAGUUUAAACCGAGCGCAGGCAGCGGGCCUGCUUUACUACGAGGACCUCAGCACCCCUGUCACCAAAGUGGAGGCGGACCUUGUCGAGGGGAUCGUGGGGGAGGCCGUCCGUGCCGUGCUUCCGGGGGCCCAGAUCACGCUGACGGGGGGGGUUCCGCAGGUGCGUCUGGGGAAGCAGACAGGCCAUGAUGUGGAUUUGCUCAUCACUCACCCUGAAGAGGGUAGAGAGGAGGAGCUACUGCCCAAGGUCAUCGGCUGGCUGGAAGCGCGGGAUUUGCUGCUAUAUCAGAAAAUUCACAAGAACUCAUACCUGGAGGCCAAAGAGUGGCCGGCCCGACCCUCAAGUAACAUGGACCGCUUUGAACGCUGCUUCACCAUUUUCAAGCUAUUGCUGCCCCAUGUGGCCCCCCAGGGAAACCUACAGGCUCCCAGAACACCUGAGGCGCAGGUGGGGGGCACAGGGGAGUCUCGAGGCUGGAAGGCUGUGAGAGUGGACCUGGUCGUCACACCCAUCAGUCAGUAUGCGUUUGCCCUGCUUGGCUGGACUGGCUCUCAGCUCUUCGAGAGGGAGCUCCGUCGCUGGGCGGGCCAGGAGAAGGGUAUGUCGCUGAGCAGCCACGCCCUGUUCCACUCCACACGGAGGCAGUACCUGCGUGCCACCUCAGAGGAGGACAUCUUCGCCCAUUUGGGCCUGGAGUUCAUCCCCCCAGCUGAGAGAAACGCCUGACGCAUCCAUGGUGGUUGAUUCCGCAGGAAGGACUCCCAUGAUUCCACGCCUCUCUACCUCUAAUUGCCUCAUUUCCAUUGGCACUGGCCUCAGGCGGGAAAGUCAAGUCUCCCGACUAACCUGUUCCUGCUUGUUUACACAACCUGCAACUGCGUACUGUAUAGAAGUUGGAGCGUAUACUGUAUAGAAGUUGGAGCGUGCUCAGUAGCACCCACGCGCUGAUGUUCCUGCAGUCUUCCGGCAUCAGGGAGCCUCCCUCCUUUGCUAUAGGAAUGUGAACUGGCUCCUUCAUGGCCUGAAUUCUGCACUGAGCCGUUGUGCUCUCACAUGCGUGUCUUUGGCUGUGCCAUCCCCUCUCAUGGCCACUAGGGGGCAUUCUUCAUUCAGCGGUCCAGUUCCAUGUGUCAUUUCCAGUGGCACUAGCCUCAGGCUGCUUUCCGAUUCAGUACCGCUUCCCAGCACACACUGUAGGGAAUCCAGUGCCAUUACUGUCCAAUAUGAGCCGUGACGAACCCUGUGGGUGUGCAGUCACUGACGUCCCGCCUCCAUCUGUGACAUGCCCCCCCCCCCCGCGCUUCAUGCAUUCCCACACUUACCCACAGUCUCCAAUCAUCUAUUUCAGUCCUGCCUUCAUCCAUCUGUUUUUGCAUCCAGUGUAGGGAAUCCAGUGUAGGGUCGCAGUGAACCUGCCCUGUCCGUCUCAGGGCACCCAGACGUGUGUCACGCAUUAGGGGCAGUUACGCAUUUUUAAAAGAGACGAACACAGACUGGCCUGCAACGCCAUGUCUGAUGCGACAUUGUUCCGGCCACUUAUGUGCAUGAAGCAAAAGUCAGCUUGUACCUACAGAGGAUCAGCAGACGAUUUCUGUUGAUUAUCAAUUUAACUAAAUCAAAUUAAAACUGUAAGAUACUGUGGAGGUACCUGGGAGAAUGUACACUUCUUACUGUUUGGCCUUCAGUCAUUUCUGCACUUCGCACUCUGUAAGCUGGACAGUGAGGGGGUUUAUGGGUAGGGAUUUGUGUCUACCAUCUGUUUUUAUUUUUGCAUGUUGCAUUUUUCACUGCCCCCCACCUAAGCCUAUUUCCUGGACUGGAAACAUCUUAGAUUGAACCAAACAAUCCACGUGCCAAGUUCUGAAGGUGAAAUUUAGUUUCAGAUGGAAUUCACUUUACCAGCUGUCACUGUGGCUUAAUUAGAUGUUGUGUCAUUUUUAAAAGAUGUGGCCAAAGGAAUUUCUAUCCAGCCUGGUUUUAAGGUAAUUAAGCGUUUUAUAAAUCAAUCUAAAAACAUGCAAAA